AAUAGGAGGGUCACGUGCUUUAGUCUGCUUUGCAACAACCGGGUUCCUGUUUCCCUGUGUUGGUGUUAGUUGCUUUAUUCUGUACUAUUCACUUUUUAGUCUGGCAGUUUAAGUAUAUAGCUGCUAAAUGCCUGCUAUGUCGUCGUUCCCUGAAUUGUAUUUUAAUGUUGACAACGGGUAUCUGGAAGGCCUGGUGCGGGGGUUUAAAGCUGGAAUUUUACUGCAGGCAGAUUAUCUGAAUCUAGUCCAGUGUGAAACACUGGAAGAUUUAAAGUUACAUCUUCAAAGUACGGAUUAUGGCAACUUCCUGGCAAAUGAAGCCUCACCUCUCACUGUUUCUGUUAUUGAUGACAAACUGAAGGAGAAGAUGGUAGUGGAAUUCCGGCACAUGAGAAACCACGCAUAUGAGCCGUUAGCCAGCUUCCUCGACUUUAUUACGUACAGCUACAUGAUUGACAAUGUAAUACUACUGAUCACUGGAACAUUACACCAACGUUCCAUAUCCGAGUUGGUUCCAAAGUGCCAUCCAUUGGGAAGCUUUGAACAGAUGGAAGCUGUGAACAUAGCUCAAACACCAGAAGAGCUGUAUAAUGCCAUCUUGGUCGACACUCCCCUUGCUGCUUUUUUUCAGGACUGCAUAUCUGAACAAGACCUUGAUGAAAUGAAUAUUGAAAUAAUACGAAACACAUUGUACAAGGCAUACCUGGAAUCCUUCUACAAGUUCUGCAAGUCACUAGGAGGUACAACAGCUGACACAAUGUGCCCCAUUUUAGAGUUUGAAGCAGACAGAAGAGCCUUCAUUAUCACCAUUAAUUCAUUUGGAACAGAACUGUCUAAGGAAGACAGAGCCAAGCUCUUCCCCCAUUGUGGCAGAUUGUACCCAGAAGGCCUUGCACAAUUAGCAAGAGCAGAUGAUUACGAUCAAGUCAAAGUAGUUGCUGACUACUAUCCUGAGUAUAAAUUGCUGUUUGAGGGAGCUGGCAGCAAUCCAGGAGACAAGACCCUAGAAGAUCGAUUCUUUGAGCAUGAGGUAAAGCUAAAUAAGCUGGCUUUUCUCAACCAGUUUCACUUUGGUGUUUUUUAUGCUUAUGUGAAGCUGAAGGAACAGGAGUGCCGGAAUAUCGUAUGGAUUGCAGAGUGUAUUGCCCAGAGGCACCGAGCCAAAAUCGACAACUACAUUCCUAUCUUCUAAACAUCCUUUCCUUAUGUGUUUACUCAUAUUGUACAAGUUUAACUAAAAAGAAUUGUUUAAAAAUGGCUAGUCAAGUCUCCAGCAAUGCGAGAGGAAUGUUGGGAACGUUGAUUUUAAAUGUGAUUGAGCUGCUUUCCUUUAAAUAUCUUUGAGAUUUGGAUUCACUAGUCCAUUUCUUCACUUUGUUUGAUGGAGCACUGAAUUAAUUUGUGCUAGUUUAUUUCAUAGCCAUACUUAAAUGACUAUUCUCAUUUCCAUAAUUUAUCCAUUUCUUUAAAAAUGUGCCGGUAUGCAUCAAGUGUUUAAUCUCUUCUCCUACCACAGUAAUGUACUUGCUGACUACCUGUAUGUGUAUAUUUAAAGAGGUUGUCUGAAAACCUGCGCAAGAUGUUAUGCAAAAAACUGAAAAGGACUGCAGUUUAGUCCAUUUUGGUUUUAAUCAUUUAUAAAGCAGUAAGAGGCUUUACGACAUAAAAUAAGAUUAGUCCAUACUUUUAAAAAAACAUGUAUGACAUUAUACACGUGGAGUGAGUUGCUUCUGUAAAUUUAAUGCAGGUCCUGCUGGCAUGCCAGACAUAGAGGAAAUGUAUGCAUAUUGCUGUGAAUUUAUAGCUUAUUGAAAAGCUCAGUAUACAAAUCCUAUUCAAAAUUUCCAAAGCACUCCCCCUUUUCAGCUCUUAAAAAUUCCUCUAUUUAUUUUGUGUUAGGAUACUCUUGUGCUCUUUAAGUGCAAUUUUUUAUUUUGUUUGAUGAUCGUUUGGCUGAUGAGUGACGUUAUCAUUUGCUGUUGAUAUGAACGGUAUUAAAUGCAACAUUCACUGUAUUUGGGCAUUCCCAAUUUGUAUUUGUUCUACAGUUCUAGUACUGUACUUGUUUCUGAAUGUUUACAUGUUUAAUAUAUGUGUUAUAUGUGGGACAUUUUCAUUUAUUAGAUGAAACUUGCAGAGGUAAAUGUAUUCAAAUAGCUGUCUUAAUUCCACAGUACAAUGAAGCAUGUCCAGUACUUUUUCCAUUGAAAACAAGUAUGCACAAAAAUGUUCGAAAGUGUUAUUUUUCCUUAUUUGACUUGCAUGCUAUUGAACAAUAUUGUGGCAGAAAUAAUUUUUCACAUUCUGAUUCUAAGAUGUUUGACUGGCCCGACCUAUGUACAAGUUCCACACUAAUGCAGUAAUAAAAUAUUACUCUGCUAAUGUAAAGUAUAAUGCUAAUGUAAAGUAUAAUAGAAUAAUGUAACAGAAGGAUAGAGGUGCAAUCACUUCACUGGAAUUUAGUAAUGUUAAGUAUGGUAGCAGGCAGAAGGUCCAUGUGGAUUUAUGUAUUCUGUAAAUCCAUAAAGUAGAAUAGUAAUUGGAAUUAAAUGUUUUUACUAAAUAGUGACAAUGAUAGUACAUAUUAAAAGGAAAUUUCCAUUUAAA